UGACGAGGUGAAAAUGGCGGAUCUUUCGAAAUACAAUCCCGGCCCCUGACAUACCAGAGGCGGCGGCGGCGGCGGCGUCGCCACCCGGGCUCCCUCCUCGGCCCCCGGGUCCCCUGUAGCGCUCGAGUUCGGGCAGACUGGGAAAGGAAGCGGCUGGCCGGAGCUACCGUGCACAGGCAAAACAAGCACCGCCCGGGCUCGGAAUUGCCCGGGACCUUCUGGAGCCCCCACCUCGGAGCCGGAGGGAGGAGAAAGCGGCAGCCGCUGGAGCGCCUGAUCAACUUUCUAGCUGGAGAACGAUCAUGGAGGUGGUGCCAGCUGAGGUGAAUAGUUUGCUUCCAGAGGAGAUAAUGGACACUGGUAUAACUUUAGUGGAUGAUGAUAGUAUUGAGGCUGUUAUUGUUUCAUCCCCAAUUCCCAUGGAGACAGAACUGGAAGAAAUUGUCAACAUAAAUUCUACUGGUGACUCUACAGCCACGCCCAUUUCCACGGAACCAAUCACAGUGUACAGUAACCACACUAACCAAGUUGCAGUGAAUACCACAAUUACUAAAGCAGAUUCUAAUACCACAGUGAAACCAGCUUUUCCAAGUGGCCUUCAAAAACUUGGUGCUCAGACUCCUGUGACUAUAUCAGCCAAUCAGAUUAUUUUAAACAAAGUAUCACAGACAUCAGAUCUUAAACUUGGCAAUCAGACCCUUAAACCAGAUGGACAGAAGUUAAUUUUAACAACUUUGGGCAAGUCUGGUUCACCAAUUGUUUUAGCACUACCCCAUAGCCAACUACCCCAGGCUCAGAAAGUUACAACUCAGGCCCAGUCAGGAGAUGCUAAGUUACCACCGCAGCAAAUUAAAGUAGUUACCAUUGGAGGGAGGCCAGAGGUGAAACCUGUCAUUGGUGUCUCAGCAUUGACCCCAGGAAGUCAACUGAUUAAUACAACAACUCAGCCCUCUGUGUUACAGACCCAACAGUUAAAAACAGUACAGGCAGUGAAAUCAGCUGUGCAGACCAUCACUGUUGGAGGCGUGAGCACAUCACAGUUUAAGACAAUUAUUCCUCUGGCAACUGCUCCCAAUGUCCAGCAGAUUCAAGUGCCUGGAAGCAAGUUUCAUUAUGUCCGACUUGUUACUGCCACAACAGCCAGUAGCUCCACCCAGCCAGUUAGUCAGAAUCCCAGUACAAACACUCAACCUCUCCAGCAAGCAAAGCCAGUGGUUGUUAAUACCACUCCCGUGCGGAUGUCAGUUCCUCUUGUCUCCGCGCAGACUGUCAAACAGGUUGUUCCCAAACCGAUCAAUCCCACUUCACAAAUAGUUACCACCAGCCAGCCACAGCAGCGGCUCAUCAUGCCUGCCACACCACUGCCACAGAUCCAGCCAAACCUCACUAACCUGCCGCCAGGCACUGUGCUGGCCCCGGCUCCGGGGACAGGGAAUGUGGGCUACGCAGUGCUUCCAGCUCAGUAUGUUACUCAGCUACAGCAGUCUUCAUAUGUGUCUAUAGCAAGCAACUCAAACUUCACCGGAACACCUGGUAUCCAGACCCAGGCAAGGCUUCCAUUCAAUGGCAUAAUACCAUCAGAGUCUGCCAGUCGGCCCAGGAAGCCCUGUAAUUGUACAAAAUCGCUGUGUUUGAAAUUAUAUUGUGAUUGCUUUGCAAAUGGUGAAUUUUGCAACAACUGCAACUGUACUAAUUGUUAUAAUAAUUUGGAACAUGAAAAUGAAAGGCAAAAAGCAAUAAAGGCAUGCCUUGACAGAAAUCCAGAAGCUUUUAAACCUAAGAUAGGGAAAGGAAAGGAGGGAGAAUCAGAUCGACGUCACAGCAAAGGAUGUAAUUGCAAACGAUCAGGAUGUCUUAAAAACUACUGUGAAUGCUAUGAGGCAAAAAUAAUGUGUUCCUCAAUAUGCAAAUGUGUUGGCUGUAAGAAUUUUGAAGAAAGCCCAGAACGAAAGACACUGAUGCACUUGGCAGACGCAGCUGAAGUAAGGGUACAGCAACAGACGGCAGCGAAAACUAAGUUAUCGUCUCAAAUUUCGGACUUGCUUACUAGGCCAACGCCGGCUUUGAAUAGUGGAGGAGGAAAAUUGCCAUUUACAUUUGUAACUAAGGAAGUAGCGGAAGCCACAUGUAAUUGCCUUCUUGCCCAGGCAGAGCAGGCAGACAAGAAGGGAAAAUCAAAGGCAGCAGCCGAACGGAUGAUACUGGAGGAAUUCGGACGAUGUUUGAUGAGCGUCAUCAAUUCUGCAGGCAAAGCAAAAAGUGACCCUUGUGCCAUGAAUUGCUAACUCUUGCACAAAAAGACUGAUAAAUGGAACUGUACAGAAAAUUGAAGGUCCAGGGACACUUGAUUUUCUGGAAGAUAAUUUAACAAUGAUUGUACUGUUAAUUCAGUCCUUGUGUGACCUGAAGUUAUAAUAUUGAAAGAAGAAAUUUUAAAUGAGGAAAUUAGUACAUUUUAAAUCUUAGUUAAAUCUGUUUAUGCCCCUUCUAAAUUGGGUUUUUCUUUAUUGUAUUAUAUAGAUUUUAAUUUGCAUGGGUUUCUUAAGAAUUAGAUGUUCUAUCCAUCUGAUGCUAUUGACAAAGGACAUUUAUAAAUUAAUAUAAUUUAUAAUGUAUGGCGUUGUAGGACUUUGUUCCAGUAGAAAAAGCCAGAGAACCAUUGGUAUUACCCAGUCAUUCUUUGGCACUAGACCUGAGCAGAUAGAAUGUCUACAUAAACAAAUUCUUAUGAAACAUAUUCAAAUGACAUUUUUGUGUUUAGAAAAGCACUACCUUUUUAAGAAAAAAACUUUUUAGCACAGAUUCUGGAAUAAUAUCGUGUUGUCACUUUGGGAAUGUCAGAAGGGGAAGUAAUCCAUAGGCAUACUUUUAAAAUUAAGAAGUUGUUUUUUAAGAAAAACUGUUAAGGGACAGGCAGUAGUUCUUGAUAGGCAAGGUGUUUCUCUAAGAAAGAGUGACUAAGAAAUGCUCUGGGAUGUUUCCAUUUUCUUUGAAGGAGGUGCUGUGUAUUUGAAAUGAUAUUAAUAAAUUGUCAAAGUGAUUACUGGGUACUAUUAAAAGUGAGAGGUGCAUAUGAAUAGAACUUAUUAUGUAGUGAUAAUACAGAAACUUACAUAAUCAUCAGGUAUAAAAUUUGACUUGGAUGGAGAAAUAAAGAACAUUGAAGCUCUAAUAAAUGAAUUGAGGGAAAGACUUUUCAUCUAUACAAUUCUCUUUAUAGACUUUUGAACUAAGAGGUCUCAAUCCAGUGUAGGAGUCUUACUUGAUUUACUGAAAGGGGCUCCUAACAAAGCUUUCAAAAUUAUAGUGGGACUUCUUUUUAUAAGGGAAGCUUAAAAUGGCAUUAUUUUUAGCCAGUGAUUUGAUAAGCUGAAGGUAUGAGUGUUUUCUUAUUAUUACUAAAAUAACCUAAAUCAUUUUCACAAAUUCAAAAUUCAAGAGCUUUAUGAAUUUAAGAGCCUGUAAGAGGACUCUGGAUUUUAUGACAAGAAAAACCAUGUUGGAAUUCAGGCAUUUUGUUAGGUACCUUAAUCCUCAGUAAUUAUUAGUAUAUGAUUAUUACAUUUCCUACAAGGAAUCUAUAGUUGUAUGUAUUAAGUGUGUAUAUAUGUUCAUAUGAACAUACAAGAUAUAGGCAAUAGAAAUUAAGUAAUCCAAAAGAAGAUUCCGUUAUUCAUUGAAGUAUCUUCCUUUUGAAAUUUGGAUUUAUAAAAUUAUAGUGCAGUAACUUUAAAUGUAGAUAGUGCAAACAUUCUUAGCACCUCAAUCUAGUAUGUUUAAUUAAAAUUUGUAUAAAUGUAAAUUAGUGUAAGAGGAUAAAAUAUCUAAUCAAGUUAUUUUUCAAAAGAUUACAAUACCUUUUUGGUCUAAACCUAAACUUUGUUCAUUUUGUACAUACUCUGUGUUUAAUUCUAAUUGCACCUUUGUGAUGUGUAUUUAUAUACAGUGUGCAGAAAAUGUGAAAUUUGGAUUAUAAUUGUAGAUUAUGUAUGACGGCAUUGCUUGAGAAUGUUUUGCUUGUAAAAACUUGAAGGUGCAAUCAAAUGCUACUAGUUUUUCUGAUUUUCAAGAAGCUAUCUAAAGUAUUAAGACUUUCCUUCCUGUGUAGUACUUACUAAGCAACUUUUUGUAUUUAGGCAUUUGCAUCAAAUUGCUGAACAAGAUUAAUAUCCACAUUAAUUCAACAAUUUUAAAAGACUAUUUGGGGAGGGUUGGGUAUAUAAUUUUUUUAGCUCUAUUUACAUCCCAAAGUAGAAAGAUUAAAUUUAUAUUUACUAGAGCUAUUCGAAGAAUACACUUUUCUAUAUUGUAAAAACAGGACAGCAAAGUAAAUCAUACAGAAAAUAAACAUUUAUACUAUUCUGUAAAAAAAAAAAAAAAAAGUUUGUUUUUUUUCUUUAAGAACACCCACUUUUAACCAUUUAAUGUACCAGAAAAGAAACUUAAAAUAUCUGAUUUUAAGUAAAUUUGACAUUACUUCUGAAAGCACACAAAUAAUAAGUAUAAUUUUGUCCAAUUAUCAUUAACCCAAAAUUGCUUUGAAAUGAAAAUAGGCCUUUUUUCCACUGUGUAAAGGCAGAAACUCAGUCUACUCUUUCCUUUCUUUUUUGAUGUUUUUCUUUCUUUUUUAAUGUUUGGUGUUUUUAUGGUGAGCACCUUUCUCAGUUUCCUUUUCUUUCAAGAACAAAAAGCAACCUGUAGGUCUUAUCUGGGAAACAAAACCUUAAUGUUGCAGGUAAUAAAACAAGCAGAGCAGCGACUUUAGGGAGAGACUACUGCUUUGGCUUCCCAGUUCUUGGAUUCAGACAACUAACAUUUUCUAAAUCUUAUGUCAAAUGUGAAUAAAAAAAAUCUUUAGAAAAGUUUUCCACUUUUAUUCUGUAACAAACAGCUAAGAGAAUACUUGUUAUGUAAAUGCAGCUUCAAACUAGGAUCUCUACCAUCAUAUUGCAUCCUUUUUCAGCAUUUUCUGUAGAAAUUCCGUAGGAGCAACCCAAAGGAGAAGGAAGCCAAUCAGCUAUAGAAAGAAAGCCUUUGCUAUUAGAGUUAUUUUCUACUGUGUCAAUUACUUAGGGCUGUGUGUGUCUGUGUGUGUGUGUGUUUCCUUAAUGCAGAUUUUGUCAUUAUCUAUAGACCAAACGUGAGGUUUUUAUGAUCCAAAUGACUUUAUAAAAUGAAAGGUAUAAGGGCUUUUUUUUUUUAAUUAUAAUUUUUAAAUAGUUUUAUGAAAGCAUUUAAGGCAUUUUUUUUUUUUCUCAAAAGCAUUAAGAAAAUAUAUUCAGGGUAAUAUUUACUAUAAGGCCAGAGACAUUUAACUCCCUGAUUAUAUUAUCAAAUGAAGUCUAGCAAUAGAUAAAAAGAAUGCAUCAUGACCAGGUUGGGUUUAUCUCCGGAAUAAAAAGUUGACAACA